AUGACUGUUGUGACAAAUUCGAAUAAUUUAGACAGUGAUCCAGACACUUAUAAUAUGCACCGACAAUGCUUUAGUGGAUAUCCAUUUCAAGGACAAGGACGAGUAAAUCAACUUGGCGGUGUAUUUAUUAAUGGUCGACCAUUACCAAAUCAUAUACGUUUAAAAAUUGUGGAAAUGGCUGCUGCAGGAGUUCGACCUUGUGUUAUCUCAAGACAAUUACGAGUAUCACACGGUUGUGUAUCAAAAAUAUUAAAUCGUUAUCAGGAAACUGGUUCAAUACGACCGGGUGUAAUUGGUGGAUCCAAGCCGCGAGUCGCUUCACCAGAAGUGGAACAUAAAAUUGAACAAUAUAAACGUGAUAAUCCUGGCAUAUUCAGUUGGGAAAUACGUGAUCGUUUAGUCAAAGAUGGAUUAUGUGAUCGAGCCACAGCACCAUCUGUAUCAGCGAUUAGCCGAUUAUUACGGGGCAGAGAAGAUAGUAAAUCAACAGAUAACGAAAUUGAAGUAUCAGACUGUGAUAGUGAACCAGGUAUUCCAUUAAAACGUAAACAACGUCGAUCUCGUACAACAUUUACGGCAAAUCAAUUAGACGAACUAGAAAAAGCCUUCGAACGAACACAAUAUCCGGAUAUUUAUACGCGAGAAGAGCUGGCACAACGGACAAAAUUAACCGAAGCACGUAUACAAGUAUGGUUCUCAAAUCGUCGAGCACGUUUACGCAAGCAAUUGGCGUCGACAUCGUCGACUGGAUCAUAUCAUAGUAACAGUAAUAUGGGCCUAACAUCGUCUACUUAUACUUCGACACCAAUCACCACAAGUUCGUAUUCGGGGUUGAAUACCGAAGGAUCUGCGUUCAAUACCACUAGUUCAAGUUCAAACCAAAUUUCAGAACUAUAUCACCCAGUGUCUACGUCCACAACAUCCGACCACAUUUUGAAUCAACAAUAUCUACUACCAGAACACACAACACCAAAUACAUGUUGCUACACCCAAAGUUCUUCGAAUAACGACAUACCUCCAAGUUCAUCGCAUCAUUUGUUACCACCGUUAAUGCCAUCGACGGCAAUUCAAGUACCAUCUUCCUCUCCCUCCAUAGACAUCCAUUCCGAUAUGAAUUCCAAAAGUAAACUAGAUGAUGAACGCACCCCAAUGACAACUUCGACAGGUCUUUCCGUUACCACCACAACGGAUACCCAUACGAAUAAUAACUAUAAGUAUAAAACCGAGAAUACUUCAACGUACACGGGAAACCAUUUACCACCGACUCCAAGCAGCUUGACAAGUGUAACCAUGAUUGGUCCCAACAGUGCGAAUAGUAACAGCAACAUUUCGGACAAUUUACAGGAUAAUAAUGCCCUUUUACGCCUAGACAAUCAUCAUCAUUGGGGUACCAUGAAUUUAAGUCCAGAUCAUAAUACGUCAACAUUCCAAAAUCAUUUAAAUCCAUGGAAUAUGAGUCCGAAACAAUUAUGGUCAACACCAGAAUUACACGACACAGAAAAACAUUCACAUUUAUUGGAAUUACAAUCGAACCAUCCACAAUUGGAACAUAUGGAUCAUCGUAUUAAAAUGGCAGACAGUAUGGAGUUGAAUUCAAAUAUACCAACAACAAUCACGUUGGAUCAGCUAUCACAGAAUCAUUUACAUGGAUUGCAGCCAAAUACGACCACGUCAUCAGCGACAAAUCAAUUUAUGGGGAAUCAUCAUCAUAUAAUGAGUGAUAUUUCGAGUGCGGUUGGAGCCGCUAUUAGUGGACACUCGCAUAUACAUCAUAAAAGUACACAUUUUGGAUCACAUCAUCAACCGUUUUAUAGUUGGUACUAA